CAGGAUUAUACACUCACCAUGUAUUUCCAGCAGUCUUGGAAAGACAAAAGGCUUUCUUAUUCUGGAAUCCCACUAAACCUCACCCUAGACAAUAGGGUAGCUGACCAACUCUGGGUACCAGACACCUACUUUCUGAAUGACAAGAAAUCAUUUGUGCAUGGGGUCACAGUGAAAAAUCGAAUGAUUCGACUGCAUCCUGAUGGAACAGUUCUCUAUGGACUCCGAAUCACAACCACAGCUGCAUGUAUGAUGGAUCUUCGAAGAUAUCCACUGGAUGAGCAGAACUGCACCCUGGAGAUUGAAAGUUAUGGCUAUACCACUGAUGACAUAGAGUUUUACUGGAAUGGAGGCGAGGGGGCAGUAACUGGUGUUAAUAAAAUCGAACUUCCUCAAUUUUCAAUUGUUGACUACAAGAUGGUGUCUAAGAAGGUGGAGUUCACAACAGGAGCAUAUCCACGACUGUCACUAAGUUUUCGUCUAAAGAGAAACAUUGGUUACUUCAUUUUGCAAACCUACAUGCCUUCUACACUGAUUACAAUUCUGUCCUGGGUGUCUUUUUGGAUCAACUAUGAUGCAUCUGCAGCCAGAGUCGCACUAGGAAUCACCACAGUGCUUACAAUGACAACCAUCAGCACCCACCUCAGGGAGACCUUGCCAAAGAUCCCUUAUGUCAAAGCGAUUGAUAUUUAUCUGAUGGGUUGCUUUGUGUUUGUGUUCCUGGCUCUGCUGGAGUAUGCCUUUGUAAAUUACAUCUUCUUUGGGAAAGGCCCUCAGAAAAAGGGAGCUAGCAAACAAGACCAGAGUGCCAAUGAGAAGAACAAAUUGGAGAUGAAUAAAGUCGACGCCCACGGUAACAUUCUCCUCAGCACCCUGGAAAUCCGGAAUGAGACGAGUGGCUCGGAAGUGCUCACGAGCGUGAGUGACCCCAAGGCCACCAUGUACUCCUAUGACAGCGCCAGCAUCCAGUACCGCAAGCCUCUGAGCAGCCGUGAGGCCUAUGGGCGCACCCUGGACCGGCACGGGGUGCCCAGCAAGGGGCGCAUCCGCAGGCGCGCCUCCCAGCUCAAAGUCAAGAUCCCCGACUUGACUGACGUGAAUUCCAUAGACAAGUGGUCCCGAAUGUUUUUCCCCAUCACUUUUUCUCUUUUUAAUGUCGUUUAUUGGCUUUACUAUGUACACUGAAGUCUGUUCUAAUGGUUCCAUUUAGACUACUUUCCUCUUCUAUUGUUUUUUAACCUUACAGGUCCCCAACAGCGAUACUGCUGUUUCUUGAGGUAAGAGAUUCAGCCAUCCAAUCGGUUUUAGGUCUUGCAUAUCAGUUUUAUUACUGCACCAUGUUUACUUCAAAAAGACAAAAAAAAUAUUUUUUUCCAGUCUACCUUGGUCCAGGUUAUCGGCUCUGUAAGAGCUCUAUUAAUUGCCAUGUUUACAAACAAACAAACAAAAAGAGAGAAGUUAAAUAGGUAGAUCUUUAGCAGUCUUUUCUAGUUGCCCUGAAUUUUACUGAUUUAUUUUUUAGGGAAAAUGAAAAGAGGACCUUGCUGUCCACCUGCACUACUUCCUGGUAAACUGUAACAAUCUUAU